GCCGUAGGAGCAAUUUUCGAGAAAUUUGAAAGUCAAAACGAAACGAAAUGGGAAGUCUGCCCCAAUCUCAAGAGACAGGGGGCGACAUUCCUAUCCAGGCCGUGAAAUUGAGGGAGAGCUGGGUUUUUGCACCCCAAACACCUAACGGACGAACCGUGGACAGAGAAAGAGACUUGGGAAUAUUUUUGGAGCAAUUUUGGAAGAUUUUUUCGUCAUUGGAGCCCAUG